AUGGCAGACAACAAAUUGCAGAAGGCCAAGGCUAUUUUCAUUCUUGGUGGACCAGGAAGCGGAAAGGGAACGCAGUGUGAAAAGAUCGUGGCCAAAUUUGGCUAUAAUCACUUAUCCAGUGGUGAUUUACUUCGAGCAGAAUGUGCUUCCGGUUCACCGCGAGGAAAAGAGCUGUCUGCAAUCAUGGAACGCGGCGAGUUGGUCUCUCUUGAUGUUGUUCUGACCCUAAUCAAAGAAGCUAUGGUCAAAUGUGUAGAUAAAAAUUGCUUCUUCCUCAUUGAUGGAUACCCGCGUGAACUGGAGCAAGGAAUUCGGUUUGAAAAAGAGGUGUGCCCUUGUCUGUGUGUGAUUGCUUUUGAUGUGAGCGAGAAAAUAAUGCAAGAGCGUUUGCUCAAACGCGGUCAGACCAGUGGUCGAGUGGAUGACAACGAGGAAACCAUCAAGAAACGAUUCCACACAUUCAACGAGAGCACAAAACCGGUUUUGGACUACUACGAGAAACAGAACAAACUGAUACGUGUAAGUGAUUGCUAA